CUAAUCCCCUCCAGCUGUCUCAUCUCUUCCCUGCUUCAUCCCUUCCCUGUCUAAUCCCCUCCCUGUCUCAUCUCUUCCCUGUCUAAUCCCCUCCAGCUGUCUCAUCUCUUCCCUGUCUAAUCCCCUCCAGCUGUCUGUGAACAGAUAAGAUAAGCGUGUCCAUCAUUUCAUCCGCGUCACUCAAUGUGUACACGCAACUCCACACAGCUUUGUGUCUGACGUGUCUGUCAUCUGGCGUCGCACCAGGUCACGUGGUGGAAACUCUUAAUGCACAAUAGUGUCACAUUAGUGCCGGACGUGCGUCAUAGUCGCACCAGUGAACCAGUGGCAUUAAGUUUAAAGCAGUGGCAUUAAGUUUAAACCAUUGGCAUUAAGUUUAAACCAGUGGCAUUAAGUUUAAACCAGUGGCAUUAAGUUUAAACCAGUGGCAUUAAGUUUAAACCAGUGGCAUUCAGUUUAAAAAAAAAUAUUUUCAGAAUAAACAUUUUCAUCUUCAAUACCUUGUAAUCAAUGUAUUUUCUAUCUCGUGAUCAACUGAUGUAAUCAAUGUCUUUUCUAUCUCGUGAUCAACUGAUGUAACCAAUGUCUUUUCUGUCACAUGAUCACCUGAUUUCAAUAAAAUAUGUUGUUGUUUUUUCUCUCUCUUCAUUUAUCCACUCUCCAUUUCUUGUCAUCCUGGUCUGAUGACCCCAAGAUAAGUUUUGCUUUGUACAAUUUAACAAUAACCAAUGCUACCUACCCAUACUUGAGAUAUGCUACUGAAACAUUAUACAUGUCACACAGUUUGUCACAGGGAUGUCACAUAGGCUGCCACAUAGUUGUCACAUAGGUCGUCACAUAUGAUGGCACAUAGGUUGUCACAUAGUUUUCACAUAGUUGUCAUAUGUUUGUCACAUAUGACGUCAAAAAAGUGUCACAUAGGUUGUCACAUAGGUUGUCACAUAGGUUGUCUCAUAGGAUGUCUCAUAGGAUGUCACAUAGGAUGUCACAUAGGUUAUCACAUAGGUUGUCACAUAUGUUGUCUCAUAGGUUGUGUAAUAGGUUGUCACAUAGGUUGUCACAUAGGUUGUGUAAUAGGUUGUCACAUAGGUUGUCACAUAGGUAGCCACAUAGGUUAACACUUAGGUUGUCACAAGGUUGUCACAUAAGUUUUCACAUAGGUUGUCACAUAGGUUAUCUAACACAUUCUUAAAUAAAUUCUUUCAUGAGUUUUAAAACUAUAUACCAUUUCCCGGUGUGUAAGAUAUUUGAGCUUUGAGAUAAUAGUAAUAUUACUAUACUUAAAAACUACGCCAAGCUAUGUUGUUGCGUGAUUUAUGUUGUCCUGGGCACCCAGCCAUACUGUGGCGUGAUCUCUGCUGUAUGGGGCACCCAGCCAUAAAGUGGUGUGAUUUCUGCUGUCUGGGCACUUACCAGUACUAUAGCGUUAUUUUUGCUGUCUGGGGCACCGUGCUAUAAUUUGUGCUAUCUGGGGCACCUGCCAUACCGUGACGUGACUUGUGCUGCAUGGGGCACCCAGCCAUACCGUAACGUGACUUGUGCUGCAUGGGGCACCCAGCCAUACCGUGACGUGACUUGUGCUGUAUGGGGCACCCAGCCAUACCGUGACGUGACUUGUGCUGCAUGGGGCACCCAGCCAUACCGUGACGUGACUUGUGCUGUAUGGGGCACCCAGCCAUAC